AUGGCAGACGAGCCAUUAUUUUCAUUAGAAAUGAGCGAACAUCGAUAUCCAUCAAUUGAUAAUGAUGAUGAUGAUAAUCGUUUUAUUGAUAAUGAUACUGGUGCUGAUCCAUCACAAAUAAAUGAAAUUGAAACAGUACAAAUAACUGAACGAACAGUUAAUCCACGUGGAGAAAAAAUUUCACCACAUGAUUUUCAAUUAUUAAAAGUACUGGGCAAAGGUGGAUAUGGAAAAGUUUUUCAAGUAAGGAAACUAUUUGGUAGUCAUCAAGGUGAAAUAUUUGCUAUGAAAGUUUUAAAAAAAGCUACAAUUGUUCGAAAUGCAAAAGAUACUGCACAUACAAAAGCUGAAAGAAAUAUUCUUGAAUGUGUUAAAUGUCCAUUUAUUGUUGAUCUUAUGUAUGCAUUUCAAACAGGUGGAAAAUUAUAUUUGAUACUAGAAUAUUUAUCAGGCGGAGAAUUAUUUAUGCAAUUAGAACGUGAAGGAAUCUUUUCGGAUGAUAUGGCUUGGUAA